CCCGAAGACGUCUUUUUGUCGGCUUGUUUCUCUCGUGUCAUAUCCUUUCUCUCUCUAAGAAGCUCGUAAAUGGCGUCAAUGAGUGCCGUAACUAGCCAGCUCGCUCACCUGCAACGCUCAAAGGAGAGGGGGAAUCCGUUUUCUUCUCCAUUCUCUCUAGGUAAUGGAUUAAGUACGAGCACUAGUGGUCCGCACUUUGUAUAUUGGCCUCGAAGCAGAACCUUUCAUUGCAGGAGAUCCUUGAGGGUGAAUGGUCUAUUUGGAGGAAAAAAGGAGAAUAAUGAGAACACUGACGAAACAGCUAAAAAGGCAGGGCUGUUUGGAAAUAUGCAAGGUCUGUAUGAGACUGUAAAGAAGGCUCAGAUGGUUGUCCAAGUUGAGGCAGUGCGUGUUCAAAAAGAACUUGCUGCAGCUGAGUUUGAUGGUUAUUGUGAAGGUGAACUGAUCAAGGUAACACUUUCUGGAAACCAACAACCUGUUCGCACUGAAAUUACUGAGGCUGCAAUGGAGUUGGGACCAGAAAAACUCUCGCUCUUGGUAACGGAGGCAUACAAGGAUGCACACCAAAAGAGCGUUCAGGCCAUGAAAGAGAGGAUGAGCAAUCUUGCUCAGAGCCUUGGAAUGCCUCCUGGCCUUAGCGAAGGGCUUAAUAAAUGACCAUGGAGAGUUGAUGCGCCUGCACUAUUGAGGGUUUAUUUCCUUCCAAAACUUCUAUUUUGGCUCUGUUUGAAUGACCCGACAACUCAGUUUUUCUUAAUGAACGGGUUCACAAAAGGGGCGAACCCAUGAAUAGUGGAGUGGUCCAAGCUUCAGUUUUUUUUCCGGUCUAAAUGCAUGUAAGGGGAAAUGGUGUCAUUCCUUCUAAAUAGUCUGCCCAAAUAGGGCCUCAGCAGAUGCAUAACAAAUAUAACAUAGUAGAAGCUAGUGUUCUGUCUGUACUACAAAGAACUAAUGAUUUGUGGUGGACUGCUUUUAGUGAUAAAUGCGAUUCUUUUCUGAACCA